AAAUCCUUCCCAGUUCCAUAACCAGCCAUGAUUUCACAAGCCCUCUCAUCAUCCUUCCUUCCCUCAUCCAUUACCCGCCCCACGUCCCCUUUUCUCCCCACCCACUGGAUUUUGUCCUCCCUGAGCCUCCACCACUACUACCCAGCUGCCGUCUCUUGGGCCUCUCCCGCCACCACUACUCGUUUUUUCAUGGCUUCUGCGUUAGGUGGUGGUGGUGGCGGCGGCUCCACCAGCCGAGGGUUCUGGGAGUGGAUUAGACCAUCACCGGGGUUUUACGUUUCGCCAUUUGCUGUGGUUUGCGUAUUAUUGGGCAUUUGCGUUGUGAACAAGAAGAUCUUCUUGUGGCUGGUUUGGAAUUGGUUUCGAGCUGUUGUUUUGGGCAUAUUGGCAAUUGCUCUUCUAGACAACCCAAUGACGGCUUUAAUCUCCGCUUUAGCUGCUAUUGUAGCUGCUAUUCAGCUUUUGCUUGCUCGGAGUCGGAGAGCUUGAUGACGUAGGAUGAAGAUCAAGAAUUUUUUCUUGUAUG